GUAAUGACGUGUGGACGGGAAGUGACGUUUCUCGCCAAACACACCAAUCGCCUCGCUUGGAUACUCCCUCUGAGUCCUGAGUUUGACGUCACGGUGUUACGAAGAAGCCGCAACAUGUCUGUAAUUGAGAUGUUCGUGGAGCUGCAGAGCGGACUCAGUGCCGACCAGGAAGUCAGAGAGGAAAUCAGGAAAGUGGUUCAGUCACUGGAGCAAACUGCUCGAGAAAUCCUCAUUCUCCUGCAAGGUGUCCAUCAAGAAGCCGGCUUCAAUAACAUACCUGCAAAAUGUUCAAAAGCUCGUGAACACUUCACCACAGUCUGCACCCAGCUUGCUACAUUGGUGACAAAAUUUCCUUCGGAGCAAUACUACAGGUUUCACGAUCAGUGGAGGUUUGUGUUACAACGAUUGGUGUUCCUGGCUGCAUUCCUCAUCUACUUGGAGAAAGAGGAACUGAUAACCCGGGAGGCAGUCGCUGAGCUUUUUGGAAUUGAAUGUGAGCGAGAGAAGGGGUUUCACUUGGACAUUGAGGAUUAUCUGUCUGGGGUGCUGAAUCUGGCCAAUGAACUGUCAAGGCUCGCAGUGAAUAGCGUCACAGCUGGGGAUUACACCAGGCCUCUCCGAAUCGCCUCAUUCAUCAACCAGCUGGAUUUUGGUUUCCGGCUGCUCAACCUGAAAAAUGACUCACUGAGGAAGCGUUAUGAUGGCUUGAAAUAUGAUGUUAAAAAGAUUGAGGAGGUAGUGUACGAUUUGUCCAUCCGUGGACUCAACAAAGAUCAGAUGACCCCUAUCGCUGAGAAACCCCAGACGCCUUGAGACCUGAUUUCUACAUGGGAUGAGGAGAAUAUUUUCUGGCUUCACAGACAAAAGGCUAAAAAGUUAUUUGUUUAUUUUCUGGGUGAUUUCAGUCCAGAUAAAAAUUAGUUCUGUUUUAUUAUAUUUGAACCAACUGAUUUCAUUUUUGCAGCAAAAGCUCUUGUCUGCGUUUUAUAUCUUACAUGUUUUCUGUUUAGUAGAAAGUCUUUAAAAAAAAACUUUUUCUGCUCCUGAUCUUUAUGUGGACAAGGGGUGAAAUCGUAGGGCACAGCGAUAAUCACAGAACAUCUCUGACAAAUCCCGUUAUUCAGUGGAAAAGAUUUCUGUGAUGAACAAUAAAGUGUCCCGCAUUGCUUGUGUUUUGUUGCUGGAAACGAAUCAGUUCUUGCCCCCAGCAAGAACUACUUACUGUUAAUACAGAGCAAGAAAAGCGUUUUUGAUCCCGCACAGGACUAACUCAUCUCAAUUGUAGAUGAUUAUGAGACCAACAGUAUAGAGCAGAGGUUUCCAAACGCGGUCCUCAAGGCACCCCAACGGUCCUGGUUUUAAAUGUAUCCAUGCUUGGCCACAGGUGACUUAAUUAGCACCUUAGUCCGUUUGAUUUAACCAUCUGUGCUGAGCCAUGGAUAUACCUAAAACCUGGACUGUUGGGGUGCCUUGAGGACCGAGUUUGGGAACCUCUGAUAUAGAGCAUUUGUGGUAUAAAUUUGCCUUUGACAAAAAAAAAUAUUCUCAUAAUGGUGGUGUUUGUGCUCCUAUGAGUCCAAUACAUCAGUAUUCUGUAUAAAGGGUUUCUUUGCCUGAGACGCAAAGAACAAAAAGAAGACUCAUUUGUGGGGCAUGUUUUUGUGUGAUCCUGUAUAUUUGAUAUUGUUUAAAAUGUAACUUUUAAUAAUAAACCCUUAAUAAAAUGUUAUUGAUUUAAGUAAA